AUGGCUGUUGAGUUCGGUGACCAGUUUAGUGGCUUCCGCCAUAGUGAGGUGAUUCACUUCAUAAACAAUGAAGUUCUUAUGAAUGGAGGUGGACCGGAGUUCUAUGUAGCCUUUCGCUACCGGUCCUGGAAGGAGAUAGAAGACCAGCUCCGGAAGAUCGUGGUCGACCCUCAGGUGCCGCGCAGCCGCAAGAGGUCCUAUGCCUGGAGCGGCUUGGCGUUGGGGGUGAGAGCGAUCGUGAGGCAGCGGGAUCAGCAGACGCGGCGGGUUCGCCGAUUGCAGAAACAGGUAGAGGAGCGCAAGGUAGCAUCUAAGGCUCUGGCGACAGAGCUGAGGAGGUUGCGGGCUGAGAGAGAUGAGGCUGCUGCACAGCUUAGGUUUACGCAGGCUGCUGUCCAGCAGGCAAUGGAUGAGCGUGAAGUGCUUUGUGGAAGGCUACUCCAGGCUGAGAGGUCAGCAAUGGAAGACUCAGAUCCACUAUUCCAGCGUCUUUUACGUGGACUGCGAGGCGAAAAGUAUAGAUGUAUGUCGUGGGCCCUAGGUGAGGAAAACCAGUCAGAGUCAUUGGACAAGGGAGCUCAGGGAAAGCUGUCUUUAAACACCCCAAAGCCAAUGUCAGCUUCUCUGCUUCAUGUAUCAGAAUCCUCAAGUCCUUGGAAUCAGGCAAUGCAACUCCAUACACAAAUGCCUGGUUCGCAACCAUUUACAUUGAAUAAGCCUUUGCCAGGGGAAUUUACAUGCUCUACAACUCUACCAUCCCCAACAUCAGUGGAAUCAGAAACAGCAGCAACUACAUCCAGAGCAAUGUUAGCAGUUGCAUCCCCAAGGCCUACUUCACAGUCCUGCUUAACUAGCUCCUCAGUUGCUGUGUGGCCUCAGGAGGAAAAGGCUCCCUCGUGGGUAAAAAGUUGCCAUGGAAAGGUUAACCCUCCUAACAACCAGCAAGACGAGUGUUACUUGGGAGAAAGCAGAACCCAUAGCCUAGAAAAAAUGUCAAAGAAGCCUCAGGAGACAGGCCAAAGACCCAGCCCCAAGGAAGAUCCAGUGAUGAAUCAGGGGAGGGCUUCCCUGGGGACUGUGAAGAGUCGCAGUCCCAAAAAGAGUCCAGAGAGACACCAGGCAACUCCCCUGGGGAACAGUAAGAACCAUGUUACCAAAAAACCUACGAAGAAACACCAGAGCCCUCGACUGAAGACCAAGCAAGUGAAAAAAAACCAACAUCAGGAGAAGCUUGCUGCAUGCAACCCGGCAGUAAAUUGGCCUUGCUCCUGGUGUAAAACCAUGAAUCCCCCAUGGCGCCCAGUCUGCUAUAAAUGCAAGAACAUCUACUUGCCUGGUGAGAACGGAGGUGUUGACCUAGGACAAAAACACUGA